AUGCGGUGCUGCAUUCACACGCUGUUGGUCGUGACCGCCAUGCUGGUGUCGGCGGUGCACGGCGCUUUCCUCCCUCUGCAACGGAGUAUUCCUCUGAGCCACCGCGAGGAGGUGGCGGUGCUGAGGGCUCGCGACAGUGCCCGCCAUGCCAGAAUGUUGAGCGGCAUAGUCGACUUCGCCGUGCAAGGAACCUCCGAUCCAAAUUCCGUUGGGUACGGGUUGUAUUAUACCAAAGUGAAGAUGGGAACACCUCCUAAAGAAUUUAACGUUCAGAUUGAUACCGGGAGUGAUAUAUUGUGGGUGAAUUGCAAUACUUGCAGUAAUUGUCCUCAGUCGAGUGAACUAGGGAUUGAGCUUAACUUCUUUGACACGGUUGGGUCGUCUACGGCUGCGUUGGUUCCCUGCUCGGACCCGAUAUGCACUAUUGGGGUUCAAGGUGCUGCUGCUGAGUGCUCCACGAGGGUUAAUCAAUGCAGCUACAGCUUUAAGUAUGGAGAUGGGAGUGGGACUUCAGGUUAUUAUGUUUCGGAUGCAUUGUAUUUUAACUUGAUCAUUGGACAGCCUUCACUUCCAUCGGUUAACUCUUCGGCUACCAUUAUUUUUGGGUGUAGCAUCAGUCAGUCUGGAGAUCUGACUAAGACAGAUAAAGCAGUUGAUGGGAUUUUUGGGUUUGGCCCUGGUGCUCUAUCUGUUGUAUCACAAUUGUCAUCACGAGGAAUAACACCCAAAAUUUUCUCUCAUUGCUUAAAAGGAGAUGGUGAUGGAGGAGGCAUUCUAGUCCUUGGCGAGAUAAAGGAGUCAAGUAUGGUUUAUAGUCCACUUGUUCCAUCGCAGCCUCAUUAUAACUUGAAUCUUCAGAGUAUUGCUGUCAAUGGGCAACUCCUCCCAAUUAAUUCAGCUGUAUUUGGAACAUCCAAUGACCGAGGAACUAUAGUUGACUGUGGUACAACAUUGGCGUAUCUUGUUCAAGAAGCUUAUGAUCCUCUUGUCAAUGCGAUAACUACUGUUGUGUCACAAUCUGCACGGCAAACUAAUUCCAAAGGAAACCAGUGUUAUCUGGUCUCAAACAGUAUAGGUGACAUUUUUCCUUCGGUCAGUUUAAACUUUGAGGGGGGAGCGUCAAUGAUUUUAAAACCAGAGCAAUACCUUCUGCAUAAUGGUUACCAUGAUGGUGCUGAAAUGUGGUGCAUCGGUUUCCAAAAUGUACAAGAGGGGGUCUCAAUUCUAGGAGAUCUUGUCCUAAAAGAUAAGAUAGUUGUGUAUGACUUGGCUCAUCAACGAAUUGGAUGGACUAACUAUGACUGUUCUUCGUCUGUAAAUGUUUCGGUGACUACGAGCAAGGAUGAAUACAUCAAUGGGGGACAGCUAAGUCUCAGCAGCUCCGCAAAACGCCUUCUUUCUAAUUUACUACUUGUAAGCAUUGUGGCUCUCUCUAUGUACAUAAUGUUGGUAUGA